AUGUCUGCGAGCAACCGGCCGCGUCGAGAUGGCCGAGGCUGCUUCCAAUGCUCCAAACGGCGCAUAGUUUGCGACGGGGGUGAACCGACCUGUCACAAAUGCCAGAAAAAGGGAAUCGAAUGCUCCGGUCCUGGGCGCUUUCGGUUCUACCAGGGAACCUCGAUACGCGGAUUAUCGCAACGGGGCACCGUUCCUGUAACGGCACCAGGUCCAUUGCCACAGCCACAGAGCAGUUGCACAGGCAAACAGCCGCCCUUAAAUAUUCGCUGGCAGUCAGAUCGACCGUCAGCCCGAGGGAAACGGAAGCAAUCAGCGCGACCCAAAGGGAAAACGGCUGAUGCAAACUCUCGAAACUCUCAGCAUUGUCCAAGUACGACAGACACUGCUGUCUGUGAUGAACGCCACCCUGCCAGAAGUUUUGGAGACAAUGUCUCUAGCCCUGCUUCUGCUAUAUCUUUAAAUGAGUGGUGUGAAACGCCCGGCAGCCAAGCUGACGACGAGACUGUCGAAGAAGUCGCCUCUAGUAAAGCCGUGCAAAUAUAUAGCCCAAACUCCAUAUCGCCAUGGAUUCCCCCGCUGAGUUCUGGAACUCGGAUGUUUCUUUCUCAUUUUGCUGACGAGGUCGCCCCGAUAAUGGUCGUCCUGGAUAAUAUCUCGAAUGGCUACCGGGAGAUUCUCCUACCUCUAGCUUGUCAAGACGAACUACUGCAGCAGUCCAUCUGUGCAGUUGCGGCACAGCAUUUGGCCCUUAGACACCCCUGUUUCAGACGUUCUGCAGAGUCUGGUCGCGCGGCCAUCAUAUCGCGGCUUCGACGUGAUGCCUUUCAAGAGCCAACGGAACGUCUGUUCAGCGCCUCCACAUGGGCCACUCUGAUUGUCUUGCUGGUUGGGGAGACUAUUACUGCAAGUCCUGACUACGCCCAUUUGCUGCAGAUGUUGUUCUGCAUGGCGGGAAAUACGCCCGAUAUGACGAUGAAUUCUGUCAACCAAUUCCUCACCCAGCAAACACACAUGUUUCAAUUCCUCGGACAGCCCUUUCUGGGCGAGAGCCAGGGCUUGGAUAUGCUGCAACUCCCUUUGGACCUCUUUCUCGACUGGACAUACUACGAUCUCCCGCCGGAAUCAACACAUACGCAGUCUCUUGGGAUUAUGCGCGAGGCGUUUAUCAAGGCGUCACAAAUAUAUAUCGGUCGGGCUACUCACAACGAAGACCAGUGGCAACACCUAGAGGAGUUGAAACAACUAGUAUCGCGCAUCCAUCCUGACGAGCAAGGGUCUCACGCCCUUGUCUGGGUAUGUUUCAUUGGAGCCGCCGAUAGCACGACGCCCGAGCACCGACAGUUCUUUUCCAGCCGGAUGGAGGCAGUAUUUCGCAAGACGGGAUUCCAAAAUGUUGCUGCUGCUAUCCAGUCAUUGCCAGCCAUAUGGUCGCAGAAGGAUUCCGGACGCUGGACAUCUCGUCUGAUCCGCACACUGCCGGCUUUGAUAAUGUGA